AUGGCCCGGGACACCUUACCUCAGCCUACCCAUCGACACCGAUCAAAGUCAGCAGUUCGUGGCCGGAGUCCAGAUCCAAAGUCGCUGAAGAAAGCAGCAGCAAGAGCCCGCAAGGAAAAGGAAGCAGCAGCUUUCAUCACACCACCACCCAAGCGCAAGAACCGAAGCCCAGGAGCAUCAGGUUCUUCAGGUGCCAAGUCUUCCAAGCCAGACCCAAGAAGGAUUUCCUUUAGUGGGAAAAACACUGUGCACCCGAUCGAAGCUGAGAACCAGCCACCCAAAGAGAUAAGCCCUGAUGAAGACACCGGCAAAAAGAAUGUCGACCAGUCCAACGAGUCUUCAUCGGACGAGGCAAGUAAGAAGACCGAGAAAGCAAAACGCAAGAAGGCAGAGAAGAAAGCUGCAUCAGAGAAAAGAGAGGCUGAGAAGAAGGAGGCAGAGAAGAAGGAGGCAGAGAAAAGAGAGGCUGAGAAGAAGGAGGCUGAGAAGAAGGAGGCUGAGAAGAAGGAGGCAGAGAAGAAAGCUGCAGCAGCGAAAAGAGAGGCUGAGAAGAAGGAGGCUGAGAAGAAGGAGGCUGAGAAGAAGGAGGCAGAGAAGAAAGCUGCAGCAGAGAAAAGAGAGGCUGAGAAGAAGGAGGCAGAGAAGAAGGAGGCAGAGAAAAGAGAGGCUGAGAAGAAGGAGGCAGAGAAGAAGGAGGCAGAGAAGGAGGCAGAGAAGAAGGCUGCAGCAGAGAAGAGAGAGGCUGAGAAGAAGGAGGCAGAGAAGAAAGCAGCAGCAGAGAAGAAAGCAGCUGGCAAGACAAACAAGACCGACAAGGCAGGAAGGAAGAGUGCAAAGGCAGGAGAGGAGAAGGACGUUUCAGAGGACUCGGAUGAGGAAACAAAUGAUGAAGAAUCGGCUUCCAGCAAGUCUGACAGUGAUGAUGAUCACGAGAGCAGCAGCAGCAGCAGCAGCAUGGAGCAGUGGUCAGACGAGGAAGAAAGUGAAAAUGAGGAGGAUGAUGAGAAGAGCCAGGAAGAGUCAAGUGAGAAGGAUGGUGAGGAGACGGAAGGAAGUUCUUGUGAGACACCAACGGAGACAUCCACCACCAAGCCUGGGAUCUUGAAGACAAGCACCCAGCCAGACCAGAAGGAUGACAGCAACGCAAGUGAUGAGGAGGAUGAUGUCUCGACCUCACAGGUCACCUUAGAGUCCGAGGACAGUCAGAGUGAUGAGGCAAGCGAGAAGAAGAGAAAGAACAAGAAGAAGAUCUCCAGGACUGGCAAUCAGAAGAAAAAGGGAGAGAAAAGGGUUAAGUCUCAGAAGACAAAGGCUGAGAAGGCAGAAAACGAGGCAGGCAAGACCAGCAAGAAGCGAAAUGCAGAUAAGGAAGAUAAGGAAGCCAGCAGGAAUGCGAAAAAGCUUUCUCAGGCUAAAGGGCAGAAAAAUUCCACAACAAACCGCAAGGAAUGGCAAGCUUUUGGCCGUUGGGCCAAAAACAAGAAGCGCUGCCCAGCACAGAUCAUUGACAAGCGCAUGCAGAUGUUCAACGACUACAUGGACCAUGGGAAGGACUUUGCUCAGGUGGAGGCUCUCUUCCAAAGCCGUUUGGAAGAGAGCCAGAAAACAUCGGUCAAGUAUGGAUUUCGAAAUGACCAAUGGUUGAAGAAACACCAUGGGGACAAAAAGGACGAUGGUGAGUUCCCUGGCGAGGAGGAGUACUUGUACUUCGUCCUGGUGGAAUUCAACAUCGAGGACAUCAAGGAGUUGAAAAGAAUCACCCAGUUAGAACUCACAGGUUCUUUGGAUGCUGAUGGUGUGAAGGCCUUUGUGGAGGCUGGCGGAUGCUUGGAUGGAAAGCAACACCUUUCCCUGGGCGACAAGAUGGGUGCUGAUGGCAUCAAGCGGAUGCUGAGCUCUGCUGGGGUUGGGGCUGGGUCCAGUAAGACGCCUAAGAAGAGGAAGGGUGAGAAUGGAAAGGGAAAGGGAAAGGAUGGAGAAGCUGCCAAACCCAAGGAGGCACAAUUCUUACAUUUGUUUUCAUCAAUCACGGGGAAUUCCAUGCAAGGUAAAAGGCUCACUGCAACGUACUUUCACCACCCAUGUUUCUACGGGGCUUGUUUCACCAUCCACCACUGUACAGCGCAGGUGGUGCCGGAGACACCUUUGGACAAAGCUGCCACUCUUUUGGCAACGGUCAUGAAGGAGGCCAACAGUUGCCGGAUACCAGGCUGCAUUAACCACAUCAGACCCUCAUGUAAUAUCACUUAG